UGGUAGACAGUGGCCCAUAAACUCGUCUAAGAUGAUUGCGGUGAAAUGACCGUCUUAUAUUCCGUUUGGAAAAAGUUUGUUGAUUUCUUCUUCCCUUCUGUGAUGUUCAUUUUGAGGUUCUCGGUUUGGUCGACUUUGUUGCUGGACUGUGACGAGUUUGUUGGUGCCGACUAAAUUCUGUCAGUCAAUUCACAAGAUCCAGAUGACGAUUGGAGGCCGCUCCUCUUCCGUACUGAGCUACAUUCCACACUCCGUCCGAAGGAAAACUCGAGCAUGACAUCGUUACCGCAAUGUGUCCACUUGGUGUUUUACUAUUUUGGACCUGCUGUUGGCGUCCAGUUUCUUAAAUGACUGCCAAACCCACAACAUCUUCAUUUACCUCGUUCACAAACUAGCGAGUCCACGGACGGAAAUCCCGAAAAUGGAAUGACUUUUAAAUGAGAUGUUGUCAAGACUUCUUCUGUCGAACGUUUUAGCAAUAUACGAAAGUCCGUCUCUAUCCCGUUAUACCACCGAAAACCGCAGGUAUAGACAUUUCCAUCGAGGGAGCAGCUCAUCAUAAGUUAAAUCGAGAAUUACGACUCGGUUGUUUUUACAACAGACGGCCCGACAUUCGAGCAGUUCAUCUAAUCGAGAAUACAUUCCUAACCACCUGAUAAUGAAGUAGAGGACAAAAUACCAAAAAAUAAUACUAAAUAGACGUAGGUAUAUAAAAACCAAGCCCCCGGGGCUAUUGUAGGAUGGGAUGAGAUCACCGUUCACGAACCCACACUACCUCCUUUUAUUUCUUUUUCUCUCCUCUUGCCUUCUUCAGAUUCAUCUCAUCUUUCAGAUUGAAGAUGCCAACGAUACUCGCGGCUGCUGCUGCUGCAGUUACCUCCCCUCUUUUUAGCCUCCUCCUCCUCCUUCUCUCUUUCGUUCUAAAAUAACACGGCACAAGCUAUCAAAGACGAGUCGGUGGCUCGAGUCGACACGCACCGGUACUGUCUUCCAGUAAGCUUCCUUGUCUACAUCAGUCAUAAAAACUCGAUAUAACGUGAAACAACUUGGUGGGGUACCGACAAUCUUUCCAGUCGCUCUCCGACUAUCGUCGUGAUCAGAACACACGCCAAAGUUGCCCGACUCCAAUCAUAUUAUCGAAUCUGGAUUAAGUUCAUGCAGGUAUGGGUUAAACGAAAUUGGCUGAAACGCGACAAAGAUCGACAUAUAUAGUGACGAGUCAUGUGGCGACCGUGGUUUUGGAUUGUGGUGAUAUUGCUGGUUGGCCAGCCUAUCCAUUCGUCAGAAGCCUCGAAGCCACCCCCAUUAUGUCAAGCAGUGUACGGCAUCCGGAUGAGCUCGACCGGUACUGUGGAAAAAGUGUUGGAUGCAGCCCGAUGCGAGAACGGCGAUAUCUUUUUCAUCAAAAGUUUCCUCGAACAAAUUAAACCCCAAAUUUCGGGGGGCAAUUUACUAGAACUUGAAAUCAACAAUUGUUUCCUUCCUUCGUUAUCCGGAUCAGAUUCACUUGCUGGCAUCGGUUUACGACGGCUGAGCAUCCAGCAGAGUGGACUGAAAAAUUUGUCUGUCGAUAGUUUAGCUGGCCAAGAGAACGUCUUGGAAGAACUGGAUCUGAGCGGCAACGACCUGGAGGAAAUCCCGGCAGCCAUUAAAAAUUUGACAGCCUUAAUCCGGAUGGAUCUCAGUCGAAAUCGAAUUCGUUCACUACCACAGGGCUCCGUUUUCUUCCACCUACUCAAGCUUCGACACCUCAAUAUGAACUACAAUCGAUUGGGAUACUUGGACACGGUUCGAUUUCCGUCAGGAGUGGAUGCCGGCCAAACACUACCACUGGCUAUUUUCAAUUUGGAACCGCUAAGAGAUCAUAUUGAAACAAUCCAGCUGCGUUCAAACAAUCUGACGGCCUUUCCUGACCAGUUUUCCAGGCCUUUUGGGCGCUUGCGUCAUCUGGAUCUAUCUAACAACAACUUUCAAGAUAUUCCGCUAAAGUCUUUCUCAAAAAUGCCUCAACUUGGCUGGCUGCAAUUGAACAACAACAAGCUAUCCGAAAUACCCCAACUUCAAUUACCUUCGUCAUUGAAAACCGUCUCAAUCCGAGGGAAUCCCGUCCGUUGCGACUGCAGCGCUGUUUGGCUUUGGCAGUGGGGCCGGUUGCAAAAGACCUUAACGGAAGGAGCAGAGUUUGAAAUCGACGACUGCGUUCAUCCCGAACGGUGGAAAGGCCAACAUUUAACAGAUCUUUCACCGGGUUUUUGCAAUAACAGUGAAACAACUCCAAAUGUUGAGAUUACAUCUGCUGAUCCAGACGACACAGAAAAAUUUUUGCAGUCCAUUACUUUUGACGCCACUCCAUUUUCGGACAGAAUCAACGUAACAAUGCAACUAAACGGUAACAUUUCCACAGCCAUCAAUUUGACCAUCAACUAUCGGCAAUUCGGAAGUGGGAAAACCAGUGAAUUGCCCAUUGCAGGGAUUUUUCCCGGCAACAACUCGCAAACUCUAGUAGGUUUGACGGCUUCCACGGGCUACCAAGUUUGCUUCCAGCUUGCGGGUCGUUCCAGAAGCCAGAAUCGAUGUUUAGAAAUAACAACACUUCCAGAAAAAAUGACGUCUUAUCCAGUAACCGAAGUGGCAGUCGCUGCUUCAGUCUCGACAUCCACUACGUUGGUUGUCGUGAUUUUGGUGUGCUGCUGCUGCCCGAGCAUCAAGUGCCGAAAAAAGAAUAAAAAAGGCGAAAACAAUUCGCCAGACAGCAGCAGCAAUAAAGAUGAAGUCGAUCAAAAAAGCAAAGUAUUGAAAUUCGCAUCAUCGACGAACAUGGAUUCGGAAUCCGCCGGCAUUUGGCCCAAUGUAGAACAGUUCCAUUCGGGACUAUUUUCGACUUUCCGUGGACCUGGACUAGCACACCAGCAGCAACCUGUUGACGAUCAGAGUCACCAAGUUUUUCAAGCAACUUGCAAUUACUUACGGCAGAGGGCUCUGGAUCCGUCAAGAGGCUUGGGAAAUCGGGGCAAUGGUCAUCUGGUGGAAAUUCCCCAGCACCGCCGUCAUUCGAUGACUGCCCAGCUGCCCAUCUACCUUACCCCGAUAACAGACAAUCAACUGAGCCAAUCGGCAAUCGAACAAACAAGGUUCACGCCAGGAAACAAUGUGCACUAUUUCAAUGCUAGCUACGGGUUGACGGAAUUCCAUCCGGGCCAGUCAAACUCUAAUCCAAUGGGUAACCAAUACAAGUAUUGCACAUGGAGGCCGUCCAAAAAGGCUCGACAUCCGCCUUUACUCAAUAGCUGGACAAGCUAUCCGGAUUUCCUUGCCAAUAGCGGCUCGUUCAAGCAGCAUCCGCACCAACCGCCCGUAGCCGUUCCAGUCUAUUCGAUGACCACAUCAUGCCGGACCCGACGCAAUCGUGACCGUUUUUACUGGUCCGCUGCCCCGGCUCCCAUCCACACAGUGGAAAUGCAAUUUUGAACUCGAAUCACUACCAUCACCACCAUCAUCAUCCAGUUUUCUUAUGGGCGUAUAUGAGGAUUAUCGAGUACGGUAUAUAGUAUAGCAAUAAACACACAUCUUUGAUGGACUUAUUGGA